UCUUGUUGCCCAAGUACGAAUUCCCGAACAUGACACAGCUUAUAAAUAGCAAAUUCAUCGUACACAGGCAGAUUUUGUGGGAAAAAAAAAAUUAGAAAACCUCAUCGCUUUUAUUUUCUUGUAAGCAAGUGCAGAUAAUUGAUCAUUUUGGUUUUGUUUGGAGUUUGUGGUCACCAUUCACGAGAGCGAUUACGGAAUAUUCCAAUGGAAACUCCUCUAGUAAUAGGUGGUGCUGUGGCAGGUGCUGCCUUAGGGACCAGAUACUUGAUUGCAGCAUGGCAAGCAUUCAAAGCUCGCCCUAGGAUGCCCCAUGCUCGAAGAUUUUAUUAUGGUGGGUUUGAGAAAGUCAUGACUAGGCGAGAAGCAGCAUUAGUCCUUGGAGUCAGAGAGAGUGCUGUGUUAGAGAAGAUUAAGGAGGCUCAUAAGAGGGUGAUGAUGGCAAAUCAUCCGGAUGCUGGCGGGAGCCAUUAUCUUGCUUCCAAGAUAAAUGAAGCCAAGGAUGUAUUGACAGGUAGAAACAAGGUAGGAAGCUCAGCAUUUUAGAUGAUACAGGGCAGCAGGUAGAAGUGUAUGUUGAGGGGCAUUCAAUUUUUUGGAUAAGUACUUUGAGGGUUAUGGUUUGAAAAAGAAAAACUGUAUAUCUAAGGUUCUCUAUACUUGUCGUUUAAGUCAAGUCAAAGUAACGUUUUGACUACUGUGAGCAUGGUAUGGCAUUCUCUUUACAAGUUUGUUUUGAUUAAUUACCAGAAAUAAAGUGGUCAAUCGAAGAAUGUGUUUUGGAUUAA